AGCAGGUGAAACGGAUGAACAAUCAUCAGUCGAUCAGUUGAUUCCAUAUCGAACAAAGAUGAGCAGAGUAAUAUUUUUGGUGUGCGGACUGUGUGUCUUCGUUGCUGGCCAAAACAUAAUCGAUAAAAGCGACGUUAAAAAAAGAAGUACGUAUGAUACCGAUAAUGGUCAAAAAGUACAACUCGAACAAGGAACAUCUGACCAAGGAGGAUACAACCAAAACGUGUUCGGAAAAGGAGUAUCACUAGAUCAAGGAGCAUACGAACAAACUGUGUCAGUAGAUCAAGGGACACACAACCAAGGUACAUAUGGACAAACGUUGCAGUUAAACCAAGUGACACACGACCAAGGAGCAUACGAACAAACAGUAGCAGUAGAUCAAGGGACACACAACCAAGGUACAUAUGAACAGACGGUGCAGUUAAACCAAGUGACACACGACCAAGGAGCAUACGAACAAACAGUAGCAGUAGAUCAAGGGACACACAACCAAGGUACAUAUGGACAGACUGCGCAAUUAAACCAAGUGACACGAGGCCAAAUUAUACACAGUCAAGAAGCGUAUGGUUUGCAAAGUAGUCAAGUCCAAGAGAUACACGGUGAGAAUGUUUCUAAUGGGCCGGCAAAAGUUCAAUACCAGACGGUUGAAAAAGAGGUGAUCCAACCAUACCCGGUCGAGGUGGAGAAACGCGUACCAUACCCGGUAAAGGUCGAAGUACCCGUCGACCGCCCUUAUCCAGUGCAAGUACCCAAGCCGUAUCCGGUUCAAGUAGAAAAACCGGUCCCAUACGAAGUCAAAGUCAACGUACCACAACCGUAUACCGUCUACAAGCACGUCCCUUAUGAAGUAAAGGUACCCGUCGACAAACCAUACACCGUCCAUGUACCCGUUCCGUACACAGUGCACGUCCAGAAAUUGGUUCCAUACGAAGUCGUCAAGCACGUCCCUUACCCCGUCAGCAUGUUCGUCGACAGACCGUACACAGUGCUCGUGCCAUACGAGAAGCACGUACCGUAUAUGGUGAACAGGCCGGUUCCCUACCCAGUCAGCGUGCCCGUUGACAAGCCAUACCAGGUAAUCGUCGAGAAGCGCGUACCGUUCACCGUGAACAAACCUGUUCCGUAUAUCGUGCACAAGCCAGUCCCGUACCAAGUUAAAGUCCCACAGAGAAUUGAAGUUCCUGUACCAUAUCCAGUUGGUGUUCAAACUGAAAAGCCCUUUGAGUACGAUUCGUGGAGGCCAAUUAUUCAACAAGUCUCCGGCAACAAACCUGAAUACAAUUUCUACCGAAGCGAAAACCAUGGUGGACAUAAGUUUAAUUAGCUACUAUUAGGUGAAAACUUAACAUAACACCUACCUAGUCAUUUGUUGUUUUUGAUGUUUAUAAUAUUUAGAGCUAUUAUCGUAAAUAUAAUAUUAUAUGGAAUUUUUAUACAA